AGCUUUCUGUUUUUUCGGUCUUCAUGAAAUUAAAGCGGAGUUAAAGACAUGUGCAAAUAGCUUGUAACCAACAUCAAGUGGAACAACUACUAUCUUCCAGUUUAGAUCUCUAUAGGUAAAAUCAUUGACAUCAUUCUCAGAGAGAUGUAUCUUCCCAGAGUAGCAGCUGCAUUGCUGGUCGUAUUAUCUUAUCUUGCAACCCGUACCGACGCUCAGAGCGACUAUCACGGCAAACUUGUGGGAUCAUUUGGAGCAACUGUACAUGAUGUUGCAGGUACAAUUUACGCAGAGGACGAUCAGACGAUAAGAAUCAUAGGAUUCUCUUAUGAUGGGACAGCUCCAGAUGCAUUCUUAUGGGGAGGAGAGACUAGCAUGCCAACCAGCGAUGGAUUCCCCAUCUAUAUACAAGAUGGAAUAGAGGAAAAACUUGGCUAUUACUCUGACGUCGAUAUCACCGUCACUCUUCCUUCCUCGAGGUCUCUCGCAGAUCUGAAUUAUAUCUCGGUCUGGUGUCGGGAAUUCGCGGCCGAUUUUGGACAUGUUGUAUUCCCGCAAGGUUUUGAACCACCUUCCCCAUACAACCUUGGAGUUCUUCCUACAUUUUCCCACCGAACGUCUGCUACAGCCGUGACAGUCCUUGAUCCAAAGAGACUCAAGUUUGAAGAUCUGUACUACGAUGGGUUUGGGCCAGACGCCUACUUCUGGGUGGGACCAGGCAGCACACCAACGUAUUAUAACAGUUACAGAACAUACGAUGAAACAGGACAAAUCAAAGUACUCGGGGCAUAUUCGGGUCAAACCAUCACCAUCAAUCUUCUUGAAAACAUCACUGUAUUUGACAUCGGCCAUAUUGGACUUUGGUGCGUCAGAUUCAGAGAAGACUUCGGCCAUGUUGACAUUCCUAACGAGAACGUACUCAACAUUCCACCCUUACCACUGCCAGUUCCUCCCACAACAACGACGAUAGUUACUACAACGACAGCAACUAUAACGACUACCAGUACAGCAGCUCCUUCGUUCUGCAAUUGCGAAACGUUGGAUUCUGAGUUUGAAGUCUGCUGGUAUAUCGACGGGGACGACAUCGUCAUUCGUCACAGCACCCCCAGUACGGAUGACAAUGACGGAAUGUACAGCGCAUUCGGCAUCAGUGGGUUGUCAACAAGAACUGAAAUGGUCGGCGGCGAUGUCACAGUUACCUUUGUCAACAAUGGAGUUCCAAUGGCUGUUGAUUAUUACCUGGAUUCUAAGGCCCAAUGUUCACCUCAGAAUGGUGCCGGCUCCUGCCCUGAUGUCCUCCCAUCAAACCCGGCCAGACAGGCCAGUGAUGAUGUCACACUUGUAAACGCUUCGAGUGUCAAUGGAAAUACCCAUAUCAUAUAUCGGAGACCCCUCGCUGCUAGUGAUGUGACGUAUGACAAAGCAAUUUCCACAACUGGACCUACUUACGUCAUCUGGGCCCGAGGACUUAUCAAUGCUGAUGGCCGUGUUUCGUAUCAUGGAGUACAGCAACGCUCCCCAGCCACAUCGAAUCUCCAGAUUGAUUUUAAUCGAGUCAGCACAACAUGUGCCCCAGAGACCAUACCCACACCCAGUAACCACACCCAGACCACACCCACUGGUGAGAUGGAGGGCUGGACCAUUGAGGGUAUCGUGGAGCCCCAAGAUGCUACCUUCACGGUCGAGAUGGGAUUAACAGGGGGUCAAAAGGGGUACAAUUAUAUAACUGGAUCUGUUGGUUGGGGUAUUGCUUGGUUUAUCAAUGGGCGGCUGAUACCAGAACUGACGUUGACUCGUGGUAAAACCUACACAUUCUUGGUGAGUGGAGGGGAUGAUCCCACAUUGAGUGCCAAAUAUCAUCCAUUCUACAUCACCGAUGACCCUAGUGGAGGCUACGCCCAGCUAUCACAGGCGGAACAGGAGGAAAUCCUAAUCUUUGCUGGACCAGAAGAGGGUCCACUUUGCCAAUGGGAGACGACUGACAAUACAGAACACCCUGAUUCUUAUGCUUCAUUUGAUGAAUUCAAGAGCACCUUGACUGUAGAUUGCGACCCCGGUGAUCCUGGUGAAUUGGUAUGGACAGUACCGAUGGAUGCUCCGGAUAUCCUCUAUUACCAUUGCUACACCCAUCGCUUCCUUGGUUGGAAGAUCCAUUUAGUCGAUGAUGCUGAGAGGAACACAACGUCACAGGAAACAACCACAAUGACCAGCAUCACAACCUCCGUGGUUCCUGGUAUCCCCACUACUACUGGCAGCACAACAACGAUUGUUCCCGAUACCGUAACAACUUCAAAUCCAGUUCAAAGCGAUGAGAAUACCUACCACGGCAAACUUGUUGGGUCAUUUGCUGGCACUGUACAUGAUGUUGCAGGGACGAUUUAUGCAGAGGAUGAUCACACGAUAAGAAUUAUUGGAUUCUCUUAUGAUGGGGCAGCUCCAGAUGCGUUCCUAUGGGGAGGAGACUCGGGAGCGAGUGGAGACUUACCAACUGGUGCUGGUUUCCCCAUCCAUAUAGAAAAUGGAAUAGAAGAAAAACUGGGCUCUUACUCCAACGCCAAUAUCACUGUCACUCUUCCGCCAUCGAGGACCGUCUCAACUUUGAACUAUAUCUCGGUCUGGUGUCGACUAGUCGGGGUUGAUUUCGGACAUGUUGUAUUCCCACAAGAUUUUGAUCCACCUUCUCCUUACAACCUCGGAGCUCUUCCAAAUUUUGCUCACCAAACAUCAGCUACAGCUGUGAUAGUCCUUGAUCCAAAGAGAAUCAAAUUUGAAGAAUUGCGCUAUGAUGGAUUUGGACCAGAUGCCUAUUUUUGGGUCGGGCCAGGCGACACACCAACCUAUGAUAAUAGUUACAGGACGUAUGACGAAACAGGAGAAAUCAAAGUACUUAAGGCCUAUACGGGUCAAACCGUCACUGUGAAUCUCAUUGAAAACAUCACUGUAUUUGACAUCGGCCAUAUUGGACUUUGGUGCGUCAUAUUCAGACAAGAUUUUGGCCAUGUCGACAUUCCUGACAAGAAUGUCCUCAACAUUCCACCCUUACCACUGCCGACUCCUCCCACAACAACACCAACAACAGCAGCAACUGUAAUGACUACUAGUAUGGCACCCAAUUUGUUCUGCAAUUGCGAAACGUUGGAUUCUGAGUUUGAAGUCUGCUGGUAUAUUGACGGGGACGACAUCGUCAUUCGUCACAGUACCCCCGGUACGGACGGAGAUGACGGAAUGUACAGUGCAUUUGGCAUAAGUGGGUUGCCGACGAGCACGGAGAUGGUUGGCGGCGAUGUCGUGGUGACCUUCAUUGAUAAUGGUGUUGCGAUGGCGGUAGACUACUACCUGGGCUCCAAGGCUCAAUGUUCUCCUCAAAAUCGUGCCGGCUCAUGCCCCGACAUCAUCGCAUCGAGUUCGGCAACCAAUGACGUUACACUUGUUGAGUCAUCCAGAAUAAAUGGGAAGAACCACAUCAGUUAUCGGAGACCGCUGGCUGCCAGUGAUGCGACAUAUGACAAGGCAUUUUCGACGAGUGAACCAACUUACGUCAUCUGGGCCCGAGGACUCAUCAAUGCCGAUGGCCGCGUUUCGUAUCAUGCAGGAGGUCAACGCUCCCCAAUUGAAUCAAAUCUCCAGAUCGAUUUCAGUCAGGUCAGCACAACAUGUGACCCGAUGGGCGUGGUCCCGGCCACCCAGACCACACCCACAGAUGAGGAGGCAGGCUGGACCAUUGAGGGCAUCGUAGAGCCCCAAAAUGCUACCUUCACCGUUGAGAUGGGAUUAACAGGGGGUCAGAAGGGGUACAAUUACAUCACUGGAUCUGUUGGUUGGGGUAUUGCUUGGUUUAUCAAUGGGCUGUUGAUACCAGAACUCACACUGACUCGUGGUAAAACCUACACAUUCUUGGUGAGCGGAGGGGAUGAUCCCACAUUGAGUGCCAACUAUCAUCCAUUCUACAUCACCGAUGACCCUAGUGGAGGCUACGCCCAGCUAUCACAGGCGGAACAGGAGAACAUCAGAAUCUUCGCUGGACCUGAAGAGGGUCCACUUUGCCAAUGGGAGACGACUGACGAUACAGAACACCCCGAUUCCUACGCUUCAUUUGAAGAAUUCAAGAGCACCUUGACUGUAGAUUGCAAGCCCGGCGAUCCUGGUGAACUGGUAUGGACAGUACCGAUGGAUGCCCCGGAUAUCCUCUAUUACCAUUGCUACACGCACCGCUUCCUUGGAUGGAAGAUCCAUCUAGUAGACGAGGAGGAGGAAACAACGUCGCAGCGAAUGAGCACGUCAGCUGGCAGCGCGACAGCUACAGAUCGUGUCGCAGCCCAUCUUUCGCAAAUUAUUGCAACAGGAGUUGCUGUAUUUGCUGCUCUUGUUGUGUUCUUAACAGUAAUUGGCAUGCGGUUGCGAAGGUCUCAAGCCAAGGCAUAUGUUUUAUAAGCAAUGGUUAAAAGUAGCGAUAGGAAUAUGAAAGAGAGAGAGAGAGAGAAGGGUGGGGGAGCAGACGUGGGAGUGAGAGUAUAUACUCUGAAAUUGUGUCUUUCAUUUUUUUCUGAAAUUCUGUAAUUAUGAUAUAUUAAGAUCUUUGAAUAUUCACUGCCUUUUAUAUUUCUUAGACAGUGAUUGCAUAAUGUUAUAUAUCUGAACAUGCAAAUGUAUAUACAACAGAAAUUUAGGAAGUUAUAAGAAAAAAAUUGCAAUGAUGUUUCAUUAAAUUGGCCAUGAUAAUUGUGUGUCUUAUGCAAACCCAUUCAUUUUGAUGUUUCAAAAGAAACAAACUCUCCUUGGGACGUUACAUUACCAUCAGGUACCUGUAGUUGACAGUAUAUAAAGUUGAAUUUUUGACAUUUUUAUUGCAGGUGAAGGCGAGACUAAGGGAUUAAUGUAUCUUCUUUCUUGUAUCCGUCCACAAACAUUAUGACAGAUGACCUUGCAAGCAUGCAUCACUUUUUAACCAAACUUCGGCUGUACAUGAACCAAUGGAACCUGCAUGUAAUGGUGAAGUUAUAGGUCACAUGGAAAGGUCAAAGGUUAUUUCAGGUCAAAUGUGAAAGUUUACAUGCAAGACUCUCAUAUGACAGAUAUGUUUGAAACCGUAUUUCACUUUUCAAGCAAACCUGGGUUGUAAAUGUAGUUAAGGGACCUACAUGUUAUGAUGCAGUCAGAGGUCACAUGGUCAAAGGUCAUUUCUUCAAAAACUUUGCUCUCUUUAUUAUUUUCUUCAAAUAGGUUUAUUUGACACCGCAUCUUCCAGAGCACCCGGCUAUACUGCAUCCACAAACACUUUUCACCUUCACACAUGUAAAAUAUCAGUGCAAUAGCAAAAGGGUGGAGUAGGUACAGGGGAAUUAGAUAGUAUGUCAUGAAAUAGCCCUUCUCAAACAUUAUUUGGUAUUACAUUCUAUGCAAGAUUUUCCACAAUGAGGUUUGGAUACAAUGCUGUUACGUGGUGAAGGGGUUGGCAAUAUUUCUAGCUAUUUUCUCAAGUGGGCGAGACACAACAUUGCUAAUGCCUUGAUUCAAGUACAGCUUAAUAUUAUCACGUUUCAAACUUUAAGGCCAUCCAGUAUGAUCUAAAGAGGGGCGACACUGUAAACACGUCAACAAACCUUAUCCACCGACCUUAUAUAAGAACCACUUCCUUUAAUUCUUUCAUAACAUCUUGUAUUAAAGAGUGGAACCGGUUACCUGCUGAUAUUAGGAAAUGUACAAUUUGUUAUCGGUUUAAAGUUUAAAGGAUAUCUUUUUGAUAAUCCGGGUUAGAUCUAGUAUAGAAAGUAUCGUUCUAUAUAAAUAUGAGUUAUCACGUAGCUGGCCAGCCUAUAGUCGCUUGUGUGUGUGUGUUGAGGUGCCAUGGCCGAGUGGUCUAAGGCGCCUGGCUAUGCAUGGAAAGUCCAGGGUUCGAUCCCCCGGCCUCGGCACCUAUGCCCGUGAGCAAAGCAUUUAAUCUACAAUGCUCUUUUAUCUUGCUCUCAAAUAAAUGGAAAUGCUAUAUGCAUUAUUUGUAACUAGGUGUUCACUUGUUUUUAAAAAAAAGUGAGGAUGUGUUUGUGUUGCAUAUUUGUUUUUGCUUAUCUCUGUUUUUUUUCUGUAUAUAUCUUUAUGUUAUUCUUAUUAUGUACAGUAUGUUCCUUCAUUGUUUACAUCUCAUUUAUUGUAGGGCCCCACUCACAAGCUCUGCUUUUUAGGGUUCCUCAACAACCUCUCAUAUAUAUUAUUUAUCUUUUUGUAUUAUUUGUUCAUUGAUUUGUACUUAUUUGUCUGUUUUUUUAACAAAUUUAAUUUGAACUUAACUAAGGGACAGGGGUUGCUGCCCCUUUGAAUUCUUGAUUCAUUAAACAAGUGAAAGAGGGAAUAAAGAUACCAACUUCACAGAAUGAAGUCUGGGGCAUGUAUAGGUCUAUACUUCAAAUUUUAUUCAAUUAAGAAAAAAAAAUUAAGUCACUUAGAGGUUGCCCCCCCCCCAUCAAAAUAUGACAAUGCCCCUUGAUCUGAAGUGAGCUUUGUUUAAAACAAUACUAGUGAAUUGGUGAUAUUUGCAGGUCUUUUUCUGAAAUAUUAGCUUAUUUAGAUUUUUAGUUCCAAAUUAAACAUUUGUU